AUGUCUCUUUUCUACGACAUUUCUACCACCAGUUCGGUCGAGAGCUUGACUUCAACCAUUGAGUCGAUUCUCUGUUGCCCUCCAUCCGAGGACGACUCGAACGCCAUCAACAGCCCCGUCCUGGGGAUACCACGCACUAUCUACUGGCUUAUCCUUCGCAUUUCAAGACAAUGUCGCAAGCAAUCGAGAACCAAAGAGUGCUGGGGGAAAUUGAGAAGACUGGAUAGUGACCUUCAGAUGUGGGAACAUGCGUUGAGACCGGCGUCAGACAUUAUCCAGGCUGACCAGACGCAUUUUGAUGGAAUGGCCAGACUCUACAUCUACUGCGCCCGUCUAAUUCUGACAUGGCUUUGUGAUACUGAACAGAAAGCUUUCUUGAGCAGGUCGGAGCCGGUGUGGCAAUGCCUGCAAGAUGUUGUUACAAUUCUUCGCCAUGCGGAUGAGUCGUUGGGCAUCGCCCGUCGCUUCCUUCUACGGUGGCCACUUUUGAUCCUGGGUCACGCUGUCACCAGCGAAAAGGAAGUAAAUCUCCUCGAAGGGGUCCUGAGAACCCUAUGGGAAGUUUCCAAAUGGGGCGACGUAAAAAUGACUUGGGAGAAGAUCAAAAGUAUGUGGCAACACCAAAAGAAUUUCAAUGUUUCCAACCGUCAGCGGCUGCAUUUACUACUAAAGACGAGUGGUUAA